ACUCCUGGUUUACUGAUGUUUUUCCUUUCUGGUCCUGCAGUGACACCUGCUGAUCCAGUAAACAAGGUCCGGUGGUGCACCGUGGGCAGGGAUGAGAAGGCAAAGUGUGACACCUGGAGUGUAGUGAGUGGAGGUGCCAUCGAGUGUGCUGUGGCUGACAGUCCAGAAGACGCCAUUGUCAAGAUUCUAAAAAAUGAAGCUGAUGCUGUGAGUUUAGAUGGAGGCCUCAUCUUUGUUGCAGGAAAAUGUGGCUUGGUGCCAGUGGUGCGAGAGAUCACCAGAGACACGGACAUUGAAGCCUGCCGUACUGAAGGAACACCAGUCCAUGGCGCCUAUGUUGCUGUAGCAGUUGUCAAGAAAAGUGAUCCUGACAUCACAUGGAAUACCUUGCGAGGAAAGAAGUCCUGCCAUACUGCCAAGGGUAGAACUGCUGGUUGGGUUAUACCCAUGGGCUUGAUCAUCAAUCAGACUGGAACUUCUAAUGUUGAUACCUUCUUCAAUGAAGGCUGUGCCCCAGGGUCACCUGCUGAAUCUCCACUCUGCAACCUAUGUGUGGGCAGUGGCACCACCCCACCUGUACAGAAGUGUGCAGCUAACAGUCAGGAGCUGUACUAUGGUUAUACUGGUGCUUUUAGGUGUUUGGUAGAGAAAGGAGAUGUAUGCUUCGUCAAAAUGACUACAAUAUUUGAAAACACAGAUGGAAACAACCAAGCUGAGUGGGCGCGCAAUCUGAAGAGUGAAGACUUUGAGCUGCUGUGCCUCAAUGGUGAACGUCGGCCAGUUUCUGCAUAUGCUGAGUGCAAUUUGGGUGAAGCUCCUCCUCAUGGAGUAGUAACACGCUCUGACAAAGCAGACCUAGUCCGCCGUGUGCUAGCUAACCAAGAGGCUCUUUACGGAAGCAACGGAUCAAAUAAAAAUAUGUUUCAGCUAUUUGAGUCUUCUGAUCCCAAAAAGAAAGACCUUCUGUUCAAGGAGGGGACUAUCUGUCUUGGCAAAAUCAAAAAGGAAACAACCUACACGGAGUUUCUUGGCAGUAACUAUGUGGCUGCUAUUAGGUCAAUCAACAAGAUCUCACCUUCAGCCCUUGUUGAGGCCUGCAGCUUCCAUCAGCAUGGCUGCCAAUUUCCGGAAAGGACACGUCGCCUGCGUGUGGCUGUGGCGUCACGCGUCGCAGCGGUAAGCGAAAGGUUUGCGAUGGAAGCACCCGAAGUGAGCGCCGCGCGAGAAUCGUCGCCGCGUCCGUUGGAGGCGCCGCUGCCGGUGCCGGACUUGGUGUCGCUCUCGGUGUUGGUGGCGUUGGUGGUCGUGGCCAUCACUCUGUUGAUUUUUAAAUUUAUCCAGACCAGGAAGAGCAGCCGGAGAGCGGUGCUUCUGGUGGGCCUCUGUGACUCAGGAAAAACUCUUCUGUUUGUUAGGCUGUUAACAGCCAAUUUCCGAAAUACCCAGACUUCCAUAACAGAUUGUUCUGCCUCGUACAGAGUUAAGAAUGACAAGAACUCAAGUGUGACUUUAAUUGACCUUCCAGGACACGAGAGCUUGCGGCAUCAGUUCUUGGACAGAUUCAAGGCUGCAGCUAGGGCGAUUGUGUUUGUUGUGGAUAGUGUAGCAUUCCAGCGUGAAAUGAAGGAUGUGGCAGAGUUCCUGUACCAGGUCCUGACUGACAGUGUGGUGCUGAAAAAUGCACCUCCCCUACUAAUAGCCUGCAACAAGCAAGAUGUCACAAUGGCAAAAUCCUCCAAACUUAUACAGCAGCAGCUGGAAAAAGAACUCAAUACCUUACGGGUGACCCGCUCAGCUGCUCCCAGCACAUUGGAUAGUGCAAAUUCCGGAUCUGCCUCUCAGCUUGGGAAGAAGGGCAAGGAAUUUGACUUCUCCCAGCUACCUAUGAAAUUGGACUUUAUGGAAUGCAGUGCCCGAGGAAGCAAGGGAGAGGAGGGUAGUGCUGACAUUGAGGGCUUGGAAAAAUGGAUAGCCAAAACUGCCUGAGCCACAUGGAAGCAUCAAAGGCAGCCACUAGAAAAAAUGUGCAUUUGAGUAGUAUGUGAAAUCUAACACAGGAAGCAUGAGUCAACAGCCUAAGUAGAAUGGUGGGAGCCUUUGGAAGAACAAUUAUGGCAAGCUCAUUCUGCUGUACUUUGGGAAGCUUUUCUGCUUGCUGGUGUUCUGGCUGUGAUAUACUGAAGAAUCCCUUCAUAUGUACACACAAGCUGCAGGUCCUUUUCUCUUUCUCUUUCUCUUUCUCAUUCUCAUUCCUUCAUCAUUUUUUCUAUAUCUUAUCUAUAUAGGCUUUACACGAGGAUUCUAUGCCAGGUGAAAGUUAUAAGGGAUUUCUAAGCAUUAUUUCAGAAUUUAAAUUUCAUUCUUGCUUGCUUUCCACUGGUAACCUUAUCUGAAAUGUUCCUGGUAUUACCCGCUUGUUUAUGAGCGUCUGUGAAAGUCACAGAUUGCCAGAUAUUCAGAUACCUCAGUGGGGGUUGACAGUGUGUGCUAUGCCUAUUAACAUACUUUUCUGCUGCUAGGUUUGUGGUUUGAUCCUUCUGCAGACUGUGCUUGAAUAACUGCUCUCGAGAGCUAGUAAAUUCAAGCUGUUAAGCAUGUUUUGGCUUCUUUUUCCAGUCGGAGAAGGUAUGUAUCACUGAGUUGAUAUUACAGUAUUUGAAAUAUACUUCUGGCAAAUACUUCUGUAUUAAUUGGCUGAUAUAUUCAUGGUUGGGGACACUUUUUGGUUAAGAACUAAUGUACCACUCUCUCCAAACUAUGGUAAUGAAUGACUCUUCUCCAUUCUGUCUGUUUCAUUUCUUGGUGGACAUGGGUCUUAAUAUUCUGAGGUGAGAUUUAUUUAUGCCCAGGAUCCUAAAGGUGUUUCUGAUGUAAGAAUUUGUGUUGUACUGUUAGAAAAGACAAAUGUUGGGACUAUGUAUCCAUUCUUGGCCACCAAGCCAGAGAAUGCUACUCUAGGUGACAUUCAUCUAUUUUGCAGGAAAUUCCUUACCAACAGAAGACAUUAUUUACAAUUACUGUACUAUGUCACAAUUGGGCCUGCUUCAUAUAAUAUGAAAGAGAUAUUUGCCUAAUGUCCUAGCAAUGAAUAUUUAAUACUUGGGAGCUAAGCACGUGCAAACAUUUGGUAAACAGAUCCCUGCAAGCCUUACCCAGCUGUUAUUCUUGGAUGCAUGUUUCCUCUGUGUCUACAGAUGCUCAUCACCCUUUCAACCAUUAGUGCUCACUGCCUAUUCCAGCAGUGAUGCAUAUGAUCAUCUUUUUCAUAUUAUGUAAAACAUACCCAAAGUUUUAUCCGCACUCAGUAUAAUUAGUGUAUGUUGCAGUUAGUAGCGUGCCCUGUUACCAGUUGUUGAUUGGUUGAAGACCGACAGCUCCUGCUUUGGAUUGUGGUUUGCCUUAUUAGCUUCUUGUCAUAUCUGUACCAUGAUAGCAAGAUAUGGGGGCUCAGACCAAGAAAAAUAUGCAUCUCAUGAUGUCCAUGGCUCAAGAUGCAGGAAGCUUUGUAUGUACUGCAUUUGCAGACUCACAGAUGUAAGCAUCAAACCUUUUAAAAUAUUCUUUGAAAAUAUAUGUGAAUAAGUCUUUUGGCUAACUGGUUGUUUGGCUUUUCUCUAGCGCUCCUUUGAUAUCCCUUGUCAAUAUAAAUACUACUUGCUUCAAA